AUGUUGGACCUUUAUUCUGACAGUUACGAUAAUGCAUCACCUGAUUUCCUAACUGACUUGUUCCUGUAUGGAGAGGACAAAGUAACAACAAAGUUCAUGCACAAGAAUGGUUCCCUUGAUGUGUUGUGCGGCAAUCACAAUCGUCCACGGUUCACCAUUCUUACCUGUAAAAGAGAGACUCGCAGCUACCCAAAGGAUGGUUGGAAUGGGAUGCACUUCACCGUGUUGGUGAUGCAACUCAUGGAUGGUUCGAACACCAUGAUCAAGGAUGUGACUGACACCUGUCUCUCCUCCUUUGUGGAAGCAAGGGCAAUAAAACUUGUUCCUGGUUCCACGAUCAUCGUGCCUGAUUUCAGGAUUGUUCGGAUGACUGACAACUUCGCGGGAUUUUGUGCUAACAGGAUGAUAAUGCUAAUCAAAGACUUCGGCUGGAUCUAUCCACCUCAAGUAGACAUGCCGUAUGUGUCGGCCAGGGACCAGCUUCGCCCAAUCAGUCAGGUGUUUUCCGAAGUCCAUGAGUUCAAGCAGAAGGAGAGGAAGAUCUGUUUCAUCCUUCGCAAGACCGCCGAUAAGAACAGCCACCAGGCCUGUCUUUUGUUCAUGGUUUCCAGAAAGGACAUGUCAGAUGGCCGCACUGUCUUUGUUCAAGUUGACGAAGAAUCUUUUGCCAGGGGCGAUUGGAUUCAGGACUUCAAAACGAAAUUCGAUUGGGUGAAGAAAUUUGCCGUCAAGAAAAAGAAGCCCAUCGCGAAUGUCUGGGAAGAUUCAGAGGAAGAGGAAGAUGAAUGCCAGUGUAAGAAGAAGUUCAUCUACACCGAGUGCAUUGCCAAACAGUACCCGCACGAAUCGGUUGACAAAGACCAGAUCAUCGAAACCUUCUCACCUUUCUGCGAGGCUCCCCACAAGCUUGAUGGGAACAUGGAGUGGGAUGAAGUGAAGGAUGCUACACAGCGCUGGUGCUUGUACAAGCAUUAUCACUCCAACUUCUUCCGAAACUCUGAGGGCAACUGUCAGCCGCUUUCGUGGUGCGUGGAGAAGUACAUCAAGAAGGCUUGCUUCCCCGCUGAUGGUAAGUUCACUGGCUUCAAGAGCAGUAAGAAGAGGGCCGCUGAGCGCAUUACCGGCAAAAAAGGAAACAAGAUCACCAUGGUUGAAUCGAAGAAGAAGAACAAAGCAGCAGUUGCAUCGACUGGAAAGGAAAAUGAGUCGGCAUCGGAUAGCGAUAGUAGCGAAGGGUAUUAG